AUGGAAAGCGAGGUUCUCACCCCCUUGCUGGAGCAGUUCAUGCUUUCACCCCUUGUCUGUUGGGUGAAGACUGUGGGGCAGCUGACAGUGACAGAUGGCACCAAAUUGUCGGAAUAUAUUGAAUUAGUGGAUGGGGUUUACCUGAACCAGAUCAUGCUGGAGAUAAAUCCCAAGGCUGCAGUGCAGAGGACCAACAAGAAGGUGAACAAUGACUCCACGCUUCGGAUCCAGAAUCUGACCAUUCUUAUCAGGCAGAUCAAAUCCUUCUAUCAGGAAAGUCUACAACAGCUGGUGAUGAUGCCUUUGCCGAAUGUGCUGGUCCUGGGUCGAAAUCCUCUUUCAGAGCAAGCCUUGGAAGAAAUGAAGAAAUUGUUGUUGCUGCUAUUAGGCUGUGCUGUCCAGUGUGAGAAAAAGGAGGAAUAUAUUGAGCGAAUCCAGACUUUGGACUUUGACACUAAAGCGGCUAUAGCAUCCCACAUUCAAGAGGUUACUCAUAAUCAAGAAAAUGUAGUUGACAUACAGUGGUUGGAAAGUGGAGAUGUUCCCUCUGAAGACCUGGACAGCCUCUCCAGAAAUUUAGCGUUCCAUCUCAAGCACCUGGUGGAUGAACGAGAUACACAACUUGAGACCAUAGUGGAGCUGACCCAGGAAAGGGACUGUGUGCAGUUGUCUCCUCUGGGCCCAUGUCCGGCUCAGUCCCCCAACGGCUCCCCCAGUAUGAGGCGCACAGAGAGCAGGCAGCACCUCUCUGUGGAGCUCGCCGACGCUAAGGCCCGGAUCAGACGCUUGCGACAGGAACUAGAGGAGAAGAGUGAGCAGCUCUUGGACACCAGGCAGGAGCUGGAGAACAUGGAAGCCGAGCUGAAGAGGGUACAGACAGAGAGCUACCAGCUGAUGUCCGAUGCUCGAUCAGCUCGUGCCUACAGAGACGAGCUGGAUGCGCUCCGAGAGAAGGCGGCGCGUGUGGACAAACUGGAGAGCGAGCUGAGCCGGUACAAGGAGCGGCUCCAUGACAUCGACUUCUACAAGGCCAGAGUCGAGGAGUUGAAGGAAGACAAUCAGAUUCUGCUGGAGACAAAGAACAUGCUGGAAGAACAACUGGACACGAGCCGCAGCCGUGCAGACAAACAUCACCACCGGGAAAAGGAAAACCUCCAGCUCAAGUCAAAGCUGCAUGAUUUGGAGAUGGAGCGUGACUUGGACCGUAAGCGCAUGGAGGAGCUGAUGGAGGAGAACCUGGUGCUGGAGAUGGCUCAGAAACAGAGUAUGGAUGAGUCUCUACAUCUGGGCUGGGAGCUGGAGCAACUCUCCAAGACGCCAGACCUGAGUGAGGUCCCUCAGAAGUCUCUGGGAGAUGAGGUGAAGGAGCUGACGUCCAGUCGCCUGUUGAAGCUGGAGAAAGACAACCAGACUCUGUUGAAGACCGUGGAGGAGCUCAGAGGAGCCGCAGCUCAGGACUCAACUUCCAAACUUUUCAAAGCAAAUCAGGAAAAUCUGAUGCUGAAGAAGAAGCUGGAGCAGCUGCGGACUGAACUUGUGGCUGACAAAGACUCGCUGCAAAGUUCUGAGUCUCUGAACACGGACUUGAUGAAGGAAAAGGCUUUACUUGAGAAAACACUGGAGACUCUUCGGGAGAACUCCGAGAGACAGAUGAAGGGCCUGGAGCAGGAGAACAAGCACUUGAGUCAGACAGUGACCUCGCUGCGGCAGCGCUGUCAGGUCGGAGCUGAGGCCAGAGUCAAAGACGUGGAGAAGGAGAACAGAGUUCUGCACGAGUCCAUCUGUGAGACCUCUGCCAAAGUCAACAAGCUCGAGUUUGAGAGGAAACAAUUACGAAAGGAACUGGAAGUGAUGAAGGAGAAGGGUGAGAGAGCAGAGGAGCUGGAGUCGCAGGUGCGGAAGUUAGAGAGGGAAAAUGAAAGUCUGCAAAAGAAGGUGGCCAGUUUGGGGAUCACCUGUGAUAAGGUUUUGACAUUGGAGAAGGAGAAUAUGGAGUUAGAGGCUGAAAGUCGUCGUCUGAAGAAGAAGCUGGACACUUUGAAAAACAUGGCCUUUCAGUUGGAGGUUUUGGAGAAGGACAAUGCUCAAAUAGAACAGGAAAAUCUGGAUCUCCGGCGCACUGCGGAAAACCUGCGAUCAGCGGGAGCGAAGGCCGCUCAGCUUGAGGCCGAGAACAGAGAGCUGGAGAGUGAGAAGAGUCAGCUCAAACGCAGCCUGGAGCUCCUCAAAGCCUCCUCCAAGAAGAACGAGCGCUUAGAGGUGAGUUACCAGGGCCUGGAUACCGAGAACCAGCGUUUGCAGAAGGCUUUGGAGAACAGCAGCAAAAAGAUCCUGCAACUGGAGGCUGAGCUGCAGGAAGUGGAGACAGAAAAUCAGACGAUACAACGCAAUUUGGAAGAGCUCAAGAUUUCAAGUAAACGUCUGGAGCAGCUUGAACAAGAGAACAAGGUGCUAGAACAAGAAACAUCGCAGUUAGAGAAAGACAAGAAGCUUCUGGAAAAAGAGAACAAGCGUUUGAGGCAGCAGGCGGAGAUCAAAGACGCCAAACUGGACGAUGACAACCAGCGGAUCUCUGCGCUGGAGAAGGAGAACCGCACCAUGGGCAAAGAGAUGAUCUUCUUCAGGGACUCGUGCACCAGAGUCAAAGACCUGGAGAAACAGAACAAAGAGCUGGUCAAACAGUGCAGCAUCGACAAGAAGACUCUGAUGACUCUCAGAGAGGAGCUGGUGAGUGAGAAGCUCCGGACGCAGCAGAUGAAUAAUGAUUUGGAGAAACUGACACAUGAACUGGAGAAGAUCGGACUGAACAAAGAGCGACUGCUGCACGAUGAGAGCUCUGACGACAGGUUUAAGCUUUUGGAAUCAAAGCUGGAGUCAACUCUGAGGUCGUCUCUGGAAAUCAAGGAGGAGAAGAUUGCAGCUCUGGAGGCCAGAUUGCAGGAGUCUUCAAACCUGAACCAGCAGCUUCGCCAAGAGCUCAAGACGGUGAAGAAAAACUAUGAGGCUCUGCGACAGAGGGAGGAGGAGGAAAGGAUGGUUCUGAGCUCGCCCCCUAAAGGCGGGGAUGACCAAAAGUCUGUAAAUAAAUGGGAGAAAGAAAGUCACGAGGCCACGAGAGAACUGCUGAAGGUGAAAGACCGGCUUAUUGAGGUCGAGAGGAAUAAUGCUACACUGCAGGCGGAAAAAGCAGCUCUGAGGAGCCAGCUCAAACAACUAGAAACUCAGAGCUCAAACCUUCAGGCUCAGAUUGUGGCUUUACAAAGACAAACUGCUUCUCUCCAGGAGAAUAACACAACACUGCAAACACAGAAUGCAAAGCUCCAGGUGGAGAACUCCACGCAGAGCUCCCAGAGUGCCUCUCUCAUGGCCCAGAAUGCUCAGCUGCAGAGCCAGCAGAGCGGGCUGGAGGGGGAAAAGGAGGGGGCGCAGCGGGAGAAGGAGGAGGUGCGCUCCACGUACGAGCUGCUGCUCCGCGACCACGAGAAACUGGCCGCGCUGCACGAUCGACAAGCUGCAGAGUACGAGGCGCUGAUCGGCAAACACAGAGGACUGAAGAGCUCACACAAGUGUCUGGAUCAACAGCACCGCGACCUGGAAGACAAGUACAAACAGCUUUUACAAAAGAAGGCCGAUCUUGACCAAUUAGAACAAAAUCUGAAGGAGCAGCAAGAUAAAAUGGCCUCAGAAAACGAGUCACGCCAAGCAACAGCUGAUAAGUGCCGGCUGCUCAAAGACGAAAAUGAGAGGCUCAACACAACAUAUCAGCAGCUAAUGAAGGACAAUGAGACUCUGCAGCUCGACCAUAAAAAUGUAAAAAGUCAAUUGAACAGUGCCAAGCUGGACCAGACAAAACUGGAGGCAGAGUUCUCCAAACUGAAGGAGCAGUACCAACAGCUGGACAUCACAUCCACUAAACUCACCAACCAGUGCGAGCUGCUGAGUCAACUCAAAGGAAACCUGGAGGAGGAGAACCGACACCUGUUGGACCAGAUCCAGACCCUGAUGCUUCAGAACCGCACGCUCCUGGAGCAGACCAUGGAGAGCAAGGACCUGUUCCACGUGGAGCAGCGACAAUACAUAGACAAGUUGAAUGAGCUGAGGAGACAGAAGGAGAAACUGGAGGAGAAGAUAAUGGACCAAUAUAAGUUUUAUGACCCAUCACCCCCACGCAGGCGUGGAAACUGGAUCGCCCUGAAAAUGAGGAAGCUGAUCAAACCAAAGAGGGAAAGGAUGCGCUCGCUGACCCUGACUCCAUCCCGGUCAGAGUCUGGUGACGGCCUGGCGCUGCCUCCUGACAGUCAGGACAGCUCCUCUAUCGGCUCCGGCUCCAACUCCCUGGACGACCCGCUCACACAGAAGAGGAGCAACACUCUAAAAAGGUUGCCUUUCAUGAGGAACAGAUCCAAGGACAAAGACAAGGCCAAGGCCAUCUACCGUCGCUCUAUGUCCAUGAAUGACCUGCUGCAGACCAUGGCAGUAGCAGGAGGACCAGAGGCCCAGUGGGCUCUGAGCAUUGACCACCUGGACGGUGGGGAGCCCCUGGACUCUACCGGCUCCACGCGGCGCAAUGGACAGAGAUUAAAAGAACUGGCCUUAUCCACCAACGCCAUCGACUGUGAGGCCCUGACACUGCCCUCUUCAGGCCGCAGCAAGCUCCGGAUCAGAGUCAAAGACAAUGCGUCCUGUGAGGAUGUGGCAGGCUCCGACGAUCCCAAGAGUCAAGCCUCCAGACCCUCCAGUCUCCAUAGCAACAGGACCAGUAGUAAUAGUAACAAUAACUCGCACCUCACCUCUUCCCUGGAGCCCAAAGGCACUUUGAAUGGCACCCUGAGCCGGCCUCAUAGUGAGAGCAGUGGAGAGUUCAGUCUGAGCCUGGACCAGGAUGUGUGGUCCAGCAGUGGCAGCAGUCCUGUUCAACAGCCCUCUCUCUCGCGGUCCUCCCACCAGAGCCCUAUGCAGGUGCGGAGGUCUCUGGACCCCACAUCCAUAGGUGGUCUGAGUCAAACCCAGAUCAGGAAGAACGGCUCCCCCGGCAGCGAGGUGGUGUCCCUGCAGCAGUUCCUUGAUGAGGGCAUUGACCCCACAGAGUCUGGCAGUCAGGAGAACCUCACGGUUGAUUCUCCACGCCUCUCCGCUUCCUCUGAUCAUGGCGUGAAAGAGCGCCCUGCCACAAAAAGCCGGGGCAUCCUUCGCUCUGCGAGUGGUCGAGCAGCUCCUGUGAGUUCUGAUCGCCCUCCCAGAUCUUCUGCUCAGCCAGGACGUCCGCUACUGCGGAAGGCAGAGAGCACCCGAGUGAGGGGCAGCGUUCCGCGCUCCAACCUGUCCACUCAGGCCAAAGCCUCGUCUGUGUGCGAGCGCCUGGACACAGCCUCCGCUACUCUGCCCCGAGCCAGCAGUGUCAUCUCUACGGCCGAAGGCACCACGCGGCGCACCAGUAUCCAUGACAUGCUGUCCAAGGACAACAGACAGCCCGUGUCUGUGGACGCAUCCCCUCCUACAGUGGUCACUAAGGCUGGACUACGCUCCCAGCCCACCCCCAGUGAGUACCAUCCCCAUAGCAGCGCUGCCCCGCUGCCUAAGUCCCUGAGCUUACCCUGCCACAGCCUGGACGACAGCCUAGAGUCCCUCCUGGGCCCUUCCUUCACUGUGGAGUCUGUGUUCAUGGACUCCAUCUUUAGUGAGUCCUCUGCUAAAAACCUGCCUUUCCUGUCCCUGAAUCCCACUUUAGUCAGUAACAUAAGUGGUGUCCCCAAUACCCAUUCCAGCUCCAUGUCCCUCAGCACUGGCCCUGCCCCCAGCCAAGGGUUUGAGCAGGGCAAUAGUUCAGACGAGCCUUUAAGCCCUGAGGACCAGUCGCUGUGGUACGAGUACGGCUGUGUGUAA